GUUAUGAAAGUUAUAUCACCCGGGCAAGAGCCUCGAUUACUUUGUUUAACAUAAGCAUUUUAUUCACUUCAACGAGACAAGAGUCUUCAAAGGCAAUUCAGAAAAGGGUAGUCAGACAUGUUUAGUUCAGUGGUGGUUGGCAUUGGGACGGCAGGCUUUGUGAGGAUCAGGGACAUGCUAGCCCCUCUGCCCUCCAGCGCAGCUGAGAAGCUCAGUGUCAAAGGUUUCAUAUCCAGGAGGAUUCUGGAGGAGCAGCAGGGAGUGAAACAAAUCACUGUUGAAGAUGCCCUGAGCCGGGACGACAUAAAGGUGGCUUUCGUGUGCACCGAAAACGCUGCCCACGAGGAAAACAUCAGGAUGUUUCUGGAAGCUGGGAAGCAUGUCUGUGUGGAAUAUCCAAUGGCCAUGACACACAAGACUGCUGUGGACCUCUGGGACCUGGCUCAGGAAAAAGGAGUGGUCCUGCAUGAGGAGCACAUAGAACUCCUGACAGCUGACUUCAAGCAGCUGAAGAAGGACGUAGCAGGGAAAAGGCUGGAGGAGGGAUUCCUUCACUUCACAGGAGGUCCUCUGAAGCCGGGCUUUGGUUUUCCAGCUUUCAGUGGCAUCGCCCGGCUCACCUGGCUGGUCGAUCUGUUUGGAGAGCUGUCUGUCACCGCUGCCAGCAUGGAGGAAGACCAGCAGAACAAGUACAUGAAGAUGACCGCUCAACUCAUAACCAAAGAGCAGAAGCCUCUCACGUGGAUUGAGGAGUGGGCUCCCGGCCUGUCUAGGGCCAAAGACAUCAACUUCCGCUUUGACUCAUGCACCAUCACCCAGCUGCCCCCAGCCACCAGGGAGCCGGUGGGUAUCUUUAUGCAGGACUUGGUGCUCUUCAGUCAGAAGCUGCUGGGCCAGGUGCCCCGUGACCAGCUCCAUGCAGAGCGCCGCAGGGUCCUCCACUGUCUAGAGCUGGCCGACCGCAUCCAGCAGCUGAGCCUGCAGGGCUCAGCCCAGGACACCUAGAAACUAGCAGCCUACCGAGGGGCCCCAGCAGCCUACCGAGGGGUCCCAGCAGCCUACAAAGGGUUGUGAAAUUACAGUAACUUUCCCAAAAUUCCCAGGUUUUCCAGAAUUUUGCAACGCUUAACCUACUGGUGGAUGUCCAAGCGUACAAGAUCCAUCCAUAAGCCUUCUACAGUAAAGCUACUGUAACAUGCUGUACUGUAGACAUACGCUCAGCGCAUCUUUGAAAUGUUAAGGUAUUUUAUGUGUUUCAGAAACAAAUUGGUUUCAGAGGCUGCAUUUACACAGCAGCCCAAUUCUGAUAUUUGUUCCACUAAUUGGUCUUUUGAUCUAGCCUGACGACUCAAACUGAAUUCGUCCACUGCUCUAUAUACUUCAGUUUGAGACUGCCGUCAUUGAAGUCGUUUGUAGUGACGUCAAAAUGAGGGGUGUUGUACAAUACAAAGUAAUAAGCGAUUGGAUCAUCUCUAGCCAAUGACACAUUUUCAAAAUGCCACUUUACCCACAUGUGUUCUGGCUGGGGAGGUACUCCGAUCCUGACUCAUUGCAGAAAAGAAGCUAACGUCCGUGUGUGUGGCGUACUGUAGAAUUUGACCUGAGCAAGGAGUUUGGGUAGCCAGGAAAUGUUUGACCAAUCACAUCAGAUCUUUUCACAUCAGAUCUUUUUCAGAAUUAGACUUGUUUGGGGUAGUUUUCACCCCUUAUUUCUCCCCAAUUGGUAGUAGUUAGUCUUGUCUCAUCGCUACAACUCCCAUAUGGACUUGGGAGAGACAAGGGUGCAAGUAGAAAUACUGGUGUGCAAAAGAGCAGAAAAACAAAUAUGAUAGGUAGUUGGUUGGAUGGGCUAUUUACAGAUGGGCUGUGUACAUCUGCAGCGAUCGGUAAGCUGCUCUGACAGCUGACGCUUAAAGUUGGUGAGGGAGAUAAUGGGCUGCCUGUGUAAACUCAGCCUAAGGCAUGUCGGCUUAUUAUUUUAGGGUUAGGCUGUUACUACAGACCACAUCUUAACAUUGAUGGAAGGUCAGUUGAUAUAUAGUUUGAUGUUUGCAUUGUUACUUAUUGAAGUUAAUCUACAUUACAGUUGAAUGUACUGUAACAUUCCUGUGGUUGAUCACAGCUCAUGGUGCUUUAUCAUUGGCUGGUGUGCUUUACUUAUCUCAUAUGACAUUUUAAUAUUGACAUGUUGUAUAGCUAUUGUGCAGGCAGAAGUGUAAGGCAAAACAGUGACAUACUGAUCAAUGGAUUUAUUUGUAUUUUUUUAUUUAACCUUUAAUUAACUAGGCAUGUCAGUUAAGAACAAAUUCUUAUUUACAAUGACGGCUUACAUGUUCAAAUCAUUAACACCGUACAAUGGGUGUUUGUAUGAUACCUCAGGUAAAUGGUAUCUCGGAUAGCUUUGGCAAGUGAAAGUGUGUUAUUUACACUGCAACUGCAACAUUGUCAGUGGACUGCAAUUGACACAUCUGUUUAGUUGUUUUAAAGUAGCAAUCCAGCCUCCUUUUUUACCUAAUUUAACACCUGAUUUACUUAACAAAAGGCAUAUCUCAAUAGGUGGUCCAGGCAAGUCCUGACAUUGCACAAGUGGGGGGUGGGCCUUUCCUCUUUUGUUCUCUUUCUCCUCUAUUGUUCUUCAAGCAAGGGGGAGGCAGAUGAAAUCACGGCCUCCCACCAGACUGACUCUUUGAUUGCCCUACUCCUUGACGUUUGCAGUUGUCUAAAAAACACUAUUUUGCUCUUUCUAGUCUUUAGUUUGUGUACUUUAUUGUAUUUAUACAUGGGAUAUUGCUUUUCAACAGUACAAGUUCAAAAAUCAAUCGGAGGACAUAUUUCAGUGUUUGAUUAAAGGGGCAUUGCAGUUAACUUGAUUUAGAUGUGUUUGUAAUGUCUGGAAUUUCAGCCUGUUCAGGUGGGAUGGAACUUUUGGACCGCAUCAUGACUUCACACCGCUUCCCUGGUUUUAGCACUAAAUCAUUCACUAGCUUGUUUCCUUAGUUGUAGUUUGCGCAAUACGCUUCCUUUCCUUUUUCUUUGUUUCAAACCAGUAUUUCAAGGAUCUCAAAAUUAGCUGUUCACCAUAUAAUAAGUAUUCUACUUAAUUCUAGGAUGCUGACAGACUGAAUUUGUUCCUUGGCCUGCUCUGUUCCCUCUCCCAUUGUUAUCCAUUCAUGCUAGUCCCAUCUAAUGAUGUACAGUGGGCUCCAAAAUUACUGGCACCCCUGACUGGCAUUGCACAAACAACACUUAAAAAAAAUAUAAACAAUAUAAUUAUAUAGAUAAACUCAAAAUACCAACAUGUGAGAAAUACUGUACAUUAUUGUUUCAAUGGAACCAACCAAAAUCAUUCAAUUAUUUAAUACAAAAUACAUUUAACCAAAAUCAAGGUUUCAUAAUUAUUGGCACUCCUCAUUUAGUACUUAGUGCAACCACCUCUGGCAAGGAUAACAGCAUGGAGUCUUUUCCUGUAAUGUUUGACAAGGUUAAGGAACACAUUUGGAGUGAUUUUGGACCAUUCCUCUAUGCAGAUCCUUUCAAGAUCCUUUCACAUUCUUGGGUUUGCGCUUAUCAACUGUCCUCUUCCACUCAGCCCACAAGUUUUCCAUUGGAUUGAGGUCCGGCCACUGAGAUGGCCAUGGCAGAACAUUGAUUUAGUCGUCACAGAACCAUUUCUGUGUGGAUCUUGAGGUAUGUUUCGGGUCAUUGUCUUGUUGGAAAGUCCACCUACGGCCAAGUCCCAGCCUUCUGGCAGAGGCAACCAGAUUGUCAGCCAAAAUUGCCUGAUACAUGGUGGAAUUCAUUAUGCCAUCAAUCUUAACCAGUGCCCCUGGACCUCUGGAAUUAAAACAGCCCCAAAACAUCACUGACCCACCUACAUAUUUCACCAUGGGUAUGAGGUGCCUCUCCUUGUAGGCAUCUCUGUUUUGACGCCAAACAUGCCAAUGCUGUAUCUGACCAAAACGUUAAAUUUUGGUCUCAUCUGACCAGAGCACCUUCUUCCAGUCAUAAUUUAAAUGACGUUUGGCAAACCCCAAGCACUUGCGUCUGUGUCUUGGGAUCAGAAUGGGCUUUCUUCUGGCAACCCUUCCAAAGAGCCUGUGGAUGUGGAGGUGGCGUCUGAUGGUGCUCUUUGAAACCUGGUGACUCCAAGACUCCACCAAGGCCUGCAAUUCUUUCACAGUGAUUCUUGGGGAUUUUGUUGGUUCUCUCACCAUCCUGGGGGGCAAAAUGCAUUUGCGUCCUCUACCCGUGAGGUUUUCAACUGUUCCAUAUCUUUUGAAUGUUCUAAUAAUUGCCCUGACAGUGCUCAGUGGUAUAUUCUCAGUGGUAUAUCGCUUGUGGAUCUUCUUGUAGCCAUUACCAGAUUUAUGAAGGUCUACGACCAUGUCUCUUCUGAACUACCAGUUAUUUUGUUUUCUUCAUGGUGUUGGAUGACAGUGGGAUAUUGCAUGUGUGUUACCUAAUUUGUAUACCCUAGUGAAACAGGAAGUGAUGUAUUGGCUCAAUAUAGUUCCUUAGGGCUUAGAUAAACUUAAAUAAGUGGAAUUUAAUUUGUGGUUUAAUUUUGGUAGAUGUUAUUUACAAUAAUCUUUAAGGGUGCCAUUAAUUGUGAAACCUUGAUUUAGAGGACAUUGAUAAAUUAUUUUGGUUGGUUCCAUUGAAACAUUAAUAAAGUACAGUAUUUCUCACAUGUUGGUAUUUUGAGUUUCUCUAUAAUUAUAUUGUUUAUAUUUGUUUAAGCAUUGUUUGUACAUUGCCAGUCAGGGGUGCCAGUAAUUUUGGAGCCCACUGUAUAUGUCUACCAUGUUACACAAGCAUUCACUACCCAGUGAGUGCAGUUUGGCCACUUUAACUGGGUGUCACUAGUGUUAUUAGCCAUUUAUAUGUAGAGAAAAUUACAUUUAACAGUUUGAGGGAGAAUUGUAGUAUUAUAUUGAAUUCUAAUGCCUGAAUGUUUUAAUAAUGUGUGUAUUGUAACUGUGUAUAAUUUGCAAUAAAAUGGAUCAUUUGCAGUUUCCCAUAUUAA